GCCGAAACCGUCGUCAUGUACACCACCAGACCGCUCGCCUAUGCGCCGACGCCCUACAUCCCGCGCUCCAAUCUCGCCGCGACCAUCAACCUCGACGAGGAAGCCAAGCUAUCGACAACCAAUGCCGAGCGCGACCUCAACGACUCGCUCGCCGAGAUCUACAGCAUCAUCAUCACCCUCGAUGCCGUCGAGAAAGCCUACCUGAAAGACUCGAUUGCCGAAGCCGACUACACCGAGACAUGCAGCCGCUUGAUGAAGCAGUACAAGUCGAACCUGGCCAACGAGACGGUCGCACGCGCAUUUGGCGACCUGAACCAGUUCGCUAGGGAGUGGCAUAUGGAGUGCCCCAGGGCCGUUGAACGGUUGCGCGUCGGCAUACCCGCCACAGUCGAACAGGGACCGUCGAGACCAGCACAGCAAGGCGACUUUGCCGACGCAACGCUCGUGGUGAAUGCGACCGAGACGUUUAUCACGCUGCUCGACGCCAUCAAGAUCGGGCUGGUGGAGAAGGACACACUGCACCCGCUGCUUGUGGAGAUCAUACAGGCGGUUAACAAGGUGACUGAUGUCGACUUUGAGAGCAAGGGCAAGAUUGUGCAGUGGCUGAUUACGCUGAAUCAAAUGCGCGCAUCCGAGAAACUGGACGACGAGCAGGUGCGCGAGUUCCAGUUCGACAUGGACCAGGCAUAUUAUGGGUUCAAGAGCACGCUGAAGAAGGCUUGAAGCACUGGGUGGUACCAUGAGCUCUAGCUUCGCACGGGCCCGCUGGACUUUU